AUGCUUCCUACAACCAUCCUACUAGGCAACGGCCAUUGUACCAACCUUACGAUUUAUCAAUCAUAUCAUCAUCAUUCUCGAAAGCCACCCGUGGCUCGGACCGUGAUCCGGGGAAUGACCCCCUCGCGUCCGCCUGCUCCUACCUCUCAGCGUGACAAAAUGACGCCUGAUGACUCUCGCAAACCGGAAGAUCUUGAGGCACACGGUUUCCGCCCGGUAUGGGCAAAGAAAUACCCACACCCCAUAACGCCAGAGGACAUAAAAGAACACUUGGGCGACGAUAUAGAACGCAGAACUGCAAGAGUCAUCGGUCGCCUUCGCAGUAUAGCUUGGCUAGCUGGGUUGGAUGAACUCUUUGAGGCCAUCGACAGUCCCGCAUCUGUUAUUGAAGAUAGUAUUGAGGUGAUUCCCAAUGGCGCCUCCUUGAUGUGGCCAGUCAAGUGGUUUUGCAAAGCAGGGUUUGGUUCCUACCUGGAUCAGGGAUCUGAAGGUGUCAGUGACAGUCCCACCCCGUUUCCCCUCAAGGAUACCACGAACGCAAAUCGACUGCAGAGGGAUUCGGGCGAGAUUCCGUGUAUGAAGAUUAAAAAGGGUUCCGGGGCCAUUAUGGUUUUCAAGGACCCUGCCCUCAUGCGAUCGACUGUUUGGGGGCCGAAUAUGGACGACGAGUGGCCUGCUUGGGUGGCCAAGUGGACUGGCCUUAAGCUGGAAAUUGGCGACAACGCUCCUCCGGAUGUUCAUGGGCGGGCCGACUUUAUUAAGGGACCUGUCAGCAAGGAGAAGAAGGGCUCUGCCAGAGGAAAAGGCAGUCCUGAGCCGUCGGAGCACACCCAGCUGGUCGUGGUUAGCAGCAGGGCCUGUCAAAUCUUGGCGGACUGUCUUGACAUGAUCAUUUUUGUUAAACCCUGA